UUUAGAGGAGAAUUUCUCUAAAAUUUGGAAAAAAAUAUAUAACAAUAGAUAUAUAUGAGUAAUAAAAGCAGUGGUUGUUUUGAAUUGGAGUUCAGGGUUUGAAGCACAAUGGUAGGUAGGAAAUCAUACGGAGAGAGAAAAAAAAGAACAGCAACGAUUACAGGGCAAUCGUUGGUGAUGUCAGUUUUGAACUGAGUUAAAGUUGACUUUUGUUUUAAACACUGCAAACUCCUUUAAUCUGUAAUAUUCGCAAAUGUGGCAAUUCUCAUAUGAGGACAUUUUAUGUACUUGCAGCAUUUAGUAUUCGUUCAAAUUUGGCAGACUUGUUAUCAAUACUCUGUCUCUUUUCUAUUUUCACUUAAAAGGGAAAUAAAAUAGAAAUAAAACCAGCACAUUUUUCUCAACACUUUGGUCUACGCUGCUAUUGCAUUUAAGUGUUGCCCUUGAUAGCGCUGGUGCUCGGAGAAGUGUAUUUUUAUUCUUAUUGUUUUUAUAAUGUGAUUGCUUGACUGCUUGCGAUCGUGCCCCUCUUCCUGCCACUCGUGCCAGUGACGUCACAGCGGUGAGAGGAGCCGUCCUGCCGCCGAAACAAGAUGGCUGUGCGGGCGGGAGGAGCAAUGCAGGGGAGCUACCAAAGUGGAUGCAGGGUCUCACCCCUGUGCCGAGCAGCACACGACAGCCGCGCGUAGCGAGCGAGGAGCUCAUUCGAGAAACCACGUCGUUGUUUCCCUCCCCGUCUCCAAAUCUGGCUUUUAAGUGGUGAGACGGAGUGAGACUACAAAUCUCUGUUCGGUUCGGGCAGGUAGCGGCGGUUCAACGGAGGACAGCCGGGAAUCCUCACGCCACGCAACGGAGAUGUCCCUACUAUGCGUGGGAGUGAAGAAAGCCAAGCUGGAUGGACCCCAAGAGAAGUUCAACACCUAUGUGACUCUUAAGGUACAAAAUGUGAAGAGCACAACCAUCGCUGUCAGGGGCAACCUGCCCAGCUGGGAGCAAGACUUCAUGUUUGAAAUCAACCGCUUAGACCUUGGCCUAACUGUAGAAGUGUGGAACAAAGGGUUAAUCUGGGAUACUAUGGUCGGCACCGUGUGGAUUCCCCUUCACAGCAUCAGGCAGUCAAAUGAGGAGGGCCCAGGUGAGUGGCUCACAUUGGACUCUCAGGUCAUCAUGACUGACAACGAGAUCUGCGGCACCAAAGAUCCCACCCUCCACCUGGUCCUGCUCGACACGCGGUUUGAGCUUCCACUUGACAUCCCAGAGGAGGAGGCCAGGUACUGGGCUAAAAAACUUGAGCAACUUAAUGCAAUGAGGGACCAAGAUUACUCAUUCCAAGAAGAACAGGAACGACCACUCCAGGUUCCAAGCACACAGUGCUGUAAUUGGAGUUUAUGGGGAGACCAACAGAACGAUGACCAAGACAGUGCUGUGGAUGACAGGGACAGCGACUAUCGCAGCGAAACCAGUAACAGCAUCCCGCCUCCAUACUACAGCACAUCUCAGCCCAAUGCCUCUGUCCACCAGUACCCAAUCAGCCACCAGCACCAUAACUCCAAAGGUGUCUCGUACCCUCACUCGACCAACAGUCAUGAUGUUGACUACCAUCAUCGGCGGACUGUUAGUCCCACAGGAAGCUAUGCAUCAUCUGCAGAAUUGAGUCGAUGCAGCAGUCAGCUGAGUGAGGAGGACUAUGGUGGUGAAUAUGGAGAGAGGGACCCUUACGACGAGAAUGACUCUUACCAUUCCUGCCACUCCUCAGUCAGCUACAGUAAAGGUUCCCCAGACUGGGACCCUGAUGAGACCCAAGGGGCGUACAGUGACGAGGGUGGCUACAGCAAAGAUGGAGGUGAGGAGGCAGCUCUGUAUGAAGAAGAAGAUGGUGGAUUGUAUGAGGUAGAAGAGGAGGGCCUAUAUGAGGAUGAGGACCUCAUAUAUGAUGAUGAAGAUUUGUACAAUUUAGAUGGAAACCUCAGUGAAGAUUUGGAACCUCCAUUCACGCCCACCCCAACGUCAACUGCCCCACAAGCUCUGGACGUACCAAGUGCUAGACCUCCGCUGGAGAAACAACCCUCAGUACAUGAAAAACAGCCCCCUACACAACCUACAAAUCAGAUAACCAGCAAGGGUCCGCCUGCUUGUGUUGCCCCAGCAGCACAGCCUCCAACUCAACAGACUUCUCAAACAUCUAAACAGCCACUCACUCAAACACAAGCACAGACGGCUUCAUCUGCCACUUCCUUCUUCUCAAUGGCCAAGCCUCUAACAGCCAGAGUCACAGGCCUAGCCUCCACCUUCCUGUCUUCUGUCCCCACUGCCCAACCUGCCCAGUCUUAUCCACCACCACCACCAGGCACAUCCGAACAUCAAUCUGCAGCAGCAAACAAUCUCCCACCAUCCUCCCCAGCCACCUCAGCUGCAACUCAGCCCCCCUCCACGGCGACAGGCCCUUUGUCUGAGCAGAUUCCAAAUUCAGCUCAGCCUGCAUCUCUACUUAAUGGUUCUGCCACUCAACAAUUGGCUCCAACUGUGGACGAAGAUUCACAAGUGGAAGGAGAGUCUUUGUUGGAGGAGGAAAACAUACCAGAAGAGGCAAGAUUGUCCCCUACACAACCAGAGGAGAAUCUCGGCACGGAGAAAAAGGAGUACAUUGAAAAAAGCAGACCACCCAGCCCUGAGGAAAAAGAGAUGCCACCGGAGAGUCCUCCAGUUAUAGAGGAGCUCAAAGAGCCAGUGGAUCCAGCAGUCCGAGCCAAAGAGAACUGGCUAAGACUCUACAACAAGGUCUUAGACCAGCUCCGGGAGGCACGAGGAGAAACCUCCAGUUCACUGUGGUUUGGUAAAGGAGGGAUGGGAGGAGCACUCUAUAGUAUUGACAGCAUGCCAGACCUUCGGAAGCGAAAAGCCAUUCCUCUUGUCAGGGAUCUGGCUAUGUCACUAGUGCAGAAUUCUCGGAAGGCCGGAAUCACCUCCGCGAUGGCUUCCACCACUCUUGGCAAUGAAGAUUUGAAAAGUCACGUUUAUAAGAAAACCUUGCAGGCUCUGAUCUACCCCAUCUCCUCUACUACACCGCACAAUUUUGAAGUGUGGACAGCCACGACCCCCACCUACUGCUACGAAUGUGAAGGCUUGUUGUGGGGCAUCGCCCGACAAGGAAUGCGCUGCUCCGAGUGUGGUGUCAAAUGUCACGACAAGUGCCAAGAUUUGCUGAAUGCCGACUGUCUGCAGAGGGCUGCAGAGAAAAGUUCCAAGCACGGAGCGGAGGACCGAACCCAGAACAUCAUCAUGGUCCUGAAGGACCGCAUGAAGAUCAGAGAGAGGAACAAACCAGAGAUUUUUGAGCAAAUCCAGGAAGUGUUUGCCCUUGACAAAUCAACACACGCUACCCAAAUGAAGCAGAUCAAGCAAAGUGUGCUCGACGGGACAUCUAAAUGGUCAGCAAAGAUCAGCAUCACUGUGGUAUGUGCCCAGGGACUCCAGGCUAAAGACAAGACUGGUUCCAGUGAUCCAUACGUGACUGUCCAGGUGGGAAAGACCAAAAAAAGAACCAAGACCAUCUAUGGCAACCUCAACCCAGUAUGGGAAGAGAACUUCCACUUCGAGUGCCACAACUCUUCCGAUCGCAUCAAGGUUCGAGUGUGGGAUGAGGAUGAUGACAUCAAGUCUCGUGUGAAGCAGAGGUUCAAACGUGAGAGCGACGACUUCCUCGGUCAAACCAUCAUCGAAGUCCGCACGCUGAGUGGCGAAAUGGACGUGUGGUAUAACCUCGACAAGAGGACAGAUAAAUCUGCUGUGUCAGGAGCCAUCCGAAUGCACAUAAGUGUGGAGAUUAAAGGAGAGGAAACUGUGGCUCCUUAUCAUGUCCAAUACACAUGUCUUCAUGAGCAUCUGUUCCAGUACACCACUGAGGAACAGAAUGGUGGCAUAGUCAAGAUCCCUGAUGCCAAAGGAGAUGAUGCCUGGAAGGUGUAUUUUGAGGAGACUGCUCAGGAGAUAGUGGACGAGUUUGCUAUGCGUUAUGGCGUGGAGUCCAUCUACCAGGCGAUGACCCACUUCGCCUGCUUGUCAUCGAAAUAUAUGUGCCCCGGAGUGCCCGCUGUUAUGAGCACCUUGCUUGCCAACAUCAACGCUUACUACGCUCAUACCACCCAGUCGUCCAACAAUGUUUCCGCCUCAGACAGAUUUGCUGCUUCCAACUUUGGUAAGGAGAGGUUUGUCAAGUUACUUGAUCAGCUGCACAACUCCCUGAGGAUUGACCUCUCCAUGUACCGGAACAAUUUUCCUGCCAGUAGUCCGGAAAGACUCCAAGAUCUCAAGUCUACUGUGGACCUGCUGACCAGCAUCACAUUCUUCAGGAUGAAGGUCCAGGAACUUCAAAGCCCCCCCAGAGCGAGCCAGGUUGUGAAGGACUGCGUCAAAGCCUGCCUCAAUUCCACCUACGAGUACAUUUUCAACAACUGUCACGACCUCUACAAUAGAGAAUAUCAGACGGAUCCUUCAAAGGCGCUUCCUCCAGAUGAGCAGGGACCCAGUGUCAAGAACCUGGACUUCUGGUCCAAACUCAUCACCCUCAUUGUGUCCAUUAUAGAGGAGGAUAAAAACUCCUACACUCCUUGCCUUAAUCAGUUUCCACAGGAACUCAAUGUGGGCAAGAUCAGUGCUGAGGUCAUGUGGAACAUGUUUGCACAAGACAUGAAAUACGCCAUGGAAGAACACGAAAAGCACCGUCUGUGUAAGAGUGCAGAUUAUAUGAACUUACACUUCAAGGUGAAGUGGCUUUACAACGAGUACUGCAAGGAACUACCCACAUUUCAGAAACAUGUACCAGAAUAUCCAGCAUGGUUUGAGCCAUUCGUCAUCAUGUGGCUAGAUGAAAAUGAGGAAGUAUCCAGAGAUUUUCUCCACGGAGCUCUGGAGAGGGACAAAAAAGACGGCUUCCAGGUGACUUCAGAGCACGCUUUGUUCUCCUGCUCUGUAGUAGAUGUGUUCUCUCAGCUCAAUCAGAGCUUCGAAAUCAUCCGCAAACUGGAGUGUCCCGACCCUCAGAUUGUUGGCAACUACAUGAAGAGAUUCGCCAAGACCAUUGGCAAUGUCCUGCUGUCUUACGCUGACAUCAUAGCGAAGGAAUUUCCAAAUCAUGUGAAGAAGGAGAAGGUGCCAUGUAUCAUCAUCAACAACAUCCAGCAGCUUCGAGUUCAGCUAGAGAAGAUGUUUGAGGCGAUGGGAGGCAAAGAUCUUAAUGUGGAGGCAAGUGACUUCCUGAAAGAACUGCAAAACAAACUGAACAGCGUCAUGGAUGACCUCAGUCGCAUCUUUGCUGUCAGUUUCCAGCCCCAAAUUGAGGACAACGUCAGACAGAUGGGGGACAUCUUGGCACAGGUCAAAGGUCAGACUGUGCCAGCCAAUGGCAGUGUAGUUCAGGAAGCAGACAAUGUUCUGCAACCCAUCAUGGACUUUCUGGACAGCAACCUUUCGCUGUUUGCCAAAAUCUGCGAGAAGACCGUUUUGAAGAGAGUGCUGAAGGAGCUGUGGAAACUAGUGAUGAACACAAUGGAGAAAACCAUUGUGCUUCCAACACUUACUGACCAGACGGGCACUCAGAUAAUCUUCAAUGCAGCGAAGGAAUUGGGCCAACUGUCAAAGCUGAAGGAGCACAUGGGCCGAGAAGAGGCCAAAGCGCUAACUCCAAAGCAGUGUGCAGUCAUCGAGCUGGCCUUAGACACCAUUAAGCAAUACUUCCAUGCCGGUGGGGUGGGCCUGAAGAAAACCUUCUUGGAGAAGAGUCCAGACCUUGCAUCCCUGCGUUACGCCUUGUCACUGUAUACGCAGGCCACGGAUAAACUGAUCAGGAAGUUUGUCCUUUCCCAGCAUGCUCAGGUUCACGGAGGCAAAGGGAUCCGCUACACGGCAAAUGAAGACACGCCGCCAGAGAAACCAUCGGGGGUGGAUGCAGUCGGAGAAGUGGUCAUGCACGUGGACAUUCUACCUCAGCCGAACGGCGAGCACAAGAUCAGCAUCAAAGUGGUAGUUGCCAACGACCUGAAAUGGAGGGCGCAAGGUUUCCGCCCUUUCGUGGAGGUCUACAUCAUUGGCCCUCACCUCAGUGACAAGAAAAGAAAGUUUGCCACCAAAUCCAAGAACAACAGCUGGUCCCCGAAAUUCAAUGAGAGCUUCCAGUACUCGCUGGGCACCGAGGUGGGUCCAGAGAGUUACGAGCUGCACGUGUGCGUGAAGGACUACUGCUUCGCCCGCGAGGACCGCACGGUGGGCAUGGCCGUGCUGCAGGUGAAGGACAUCGCCAACAAGGGCGGCGUCACCUGCUGGCUCCCGCUGGGGCGCCGGGUCCACAUGGAUGAGACGGGCCUGACGGUGCUGCGCAUCCUGUCGCAGCGCAACAACGACGACGUGGCCAAAGAGUUCGUCAAGCUCAAGUCGGACCAGCGCUCGGCCGAGGAGGGCCGGAGCUGAGGGGACGCGGGCGCGGGGGGGGGUCCACCACGUGCGGUACACAAGCACACGCAUCCCCAAACGCUCGGCUGUAAAUACCUUCGCCUGCAUUUCGGCAACAUUGAGGGCAGAAUAUCUUUCUACAAGUUUAUUUCUUUUGGACAUAUUUUGACUCUUAGCUUCAGGUUAGCUACACAUUAAGCUAGCAUCUCACCUUUUCUACAGCCCACACGUAGAUGUGAAAAGUUGGAGGAUGACCACUUUUGCACUUUUUGCCUCCCUGUAUGGAUAUUCAGGAGAGUGUCGCUCCGCUGAGUUCGUCUGUGUGUAUCUGCGUUCUUCCUCCGCAUCCGCUCGUUUCGUGUCAAGUGGAUCUCCGGCACAGAUCUGAGAUCAGCGCCGUGUCAUAUCAGGGGUGUCCAAACAAUAAACAUAAAUAUGAAAAUGUAAAGCAUUUAUUCCGCAUCCUCUCCUUCCAGCUUACGUUCAACAUACUAGUUCUGUCUUUGUCCUCAACAGUAAUACAAUUCGGAACACGAGUAGAAUGAUUGGGAUGUAUAAAUAAAAUGACAAGUAAUUUUUUUCGCACUUCUACCUUCCACUAGUAUACUUCAAGUACAUGUUGCUAGUGAGGCACAAGUAGUAGUGGCGUUUUUGGUACUACUAGCUGUUUCCAUGAGGAUCUCUAUACUAGUAGGCCCAAAAUGUCACUGCAAGUGGGGGAAGAAAUGUUAGUAGUAAGACCAAAAAAAAUGACCACAUAUUAGUAACAUAAUGCUGUCAUAUUAGACACUAAUAGUGUUUUAUAUUAUUGGAGCAAGGCACAUCAUUUAUUUUAGAUGAGAAGGCUCUCCUAUGUAUAAAAAUGCCAAAAUGUGGACACACAGUUUACUAAUGUAUCUUCUGCCAUCUCAUCAGCGAUCUUCGGGCAGGAGGCGUGGUACACCCCAAAGUGGUUGCCAGCAAAUCACAGGACACAUAGAGUAGAAGCAAACAAGCAUUCGCACUCACAAUCACACCAACGGGCAAUUUAGAGUUUCCAAUGAAUGUGAUCAUGAAUAAUGUUUCAUUUUGUUGGAAGACUAUGCGAAAUAUGGCCCACAAGCCAUACUUUGGACACCCCUGCUAUGAUUUGAAGAGAACACCACUGUCCUGAGAUCAGCGUCCACUAAGUCCACCUUCACCUGUCGCGUGUUGUCGUUAAUGAACGCCUCGCAUGUUGAACCCCUCCUACCGAAACUGUGAUUAUCCUGCUGUAAUCAUGGCAACCCCUCACCUCCAAUAUUUCACCCCCCCCCCCCUUCCUUUGAGAUUUGACUCCAUCUCCAUGUUGCAGCCAGUCAUGUGUUGUAAAACACAACAUGGAGCACAGCACAGCACUGUACCGUUGUACCUUGACUUACGAGUUAUUCACUUUCCUAGUUUUUCGAGAUCCAAGCAGUUGCUUGGCUGAAUUUUUUUCAUUUUAUGUGCGCUUUGUUGGCGACAACGAAUACAACAAUAUCCGCCCACCAUCAGUCUAUGUGGUUUUCUCAAAGUGAGUCUUGUUUUGUGCUCACAUUUUUUCUUCACGUAUUUUUGAGAGCUGAGAGGAAGAAGCAAGUAAAGUUCAAUUGAAUUCAAUUGUGAAAUGAUGGAAAAAACAUUAAUAGGAUGUAUUUGUGGUACUUUUAUUGACAUAAUUGCCUUGUUGCUUAAGUCAGUUUUUGUUUUCAGAAAACAGGAAUAAAAACAAAUUCAAGGAACAAAAAAAGUUACCUCGAUCCAACCUUUGGCCUGGGUGAGAAGAAUCCACACAGACGUAAGAAGAAAACUGCAAAAUUAGGAUUUUUUUUUUUUUUUUUUUUUUUUUAGCUGAUGUUGUGACAGCAAAUUAAAAACGAUUUGACCAAUUUGUGGUUAAAUUCAGACUGAAGAAGAUUAAACUCGGUGAAUGAAGGUGAAACCAAAGGAAAAACGUGUAGCGAUUAAGGGGAGAAAAAUGUUGAUUUAUUUAAAAUGUAUUUUAUCAUGUUAUUACUAUAUUUUUUCAAGGGUACACUACAAUGUUUUUUUUCUUAUUUGUGUACAAAGUACUUUUGGGAGGGGGGUUGGAACGGAUUAAUGGCAUUUCCAUCCAUUUCAAUGGGGAUGAAUAGUUUGAGACAAGAAUGUUUUGCGUUUCAAGCGUGAUCACGGGCUAAAUUCAACACGUAAGUCAAGGUAACGCGGUACUUCCAAAAGGGCUACAAGACCUCCCUCCCCACCCCUCCCCACCUCGCACCCUGCCGUAAAAACGUGCCCGCUGUGCAGUCGAGUUUAUAUGUGCACAAAAAGUAAAAGGUUCUGCGAGCGUGAGCAAUAGGAACGAGCCGUUAACCAAUCAGUCCGCACCAGAACCGAAUCAUCGCCAUCUUAUUUUUGCUUCUGUGUAAACGUGUUGAAGGAGGAAUGUGUUUGUGUCCUUCAUCGACUAUUUGCCUUGAGGAGGACCCAAUUUGCACAAACCUGAGCACUCAUUUGAUUUUUUUUUUUUUUAUUGAAAGAAUUAAAGCCAUUGGAGUCGCCGCCAAGCAUUUAUGAUUCAAUCUUUUAUGUUGACUGCAAAAAAAAGAAGGGAAAGGGUGGUCUGACGUCCGCCCCCGUCGUCCCCAUCGUCCUUUGUGUUGUCCGACGAUGUCAUUGAUUGUGACCAAACACUGCUGGCCCAUCACACGUUUCGACUCGAUACGAUAAUAAUGAGUGUUAUUCAUCUCCAAGAGAUUCAUCUUUUUGAUGUUUUCUGGAUACAGGGUUUCCCUAACUUUUUCUUUUGUCUGUUUUUGAAGAUAAAGAUUAAAACUAGAACAGCAAUAAAUUGCAACUAAAACUAUUUUGCAGUAAAGUGAACUUAUAAUUUAUAAAAACAAAGUAAGUUAAAUCAAUGCCUGAAAAAUGUGACAAAAAUAUUUAAAAAAGGAAAUUGUUUGAAUAGGGAUGUCUUAAAACAAUGUAAAGAUGUACAAAAGCUUUGGUUUAAAAAAAAAAAAAAAAGGAAAAUAAGCUACCUUAGUCCAAACAUUUAAAGUCCCCAUAAAGUGAAAUCUCAUUGAAAAGUGUUUUGAAUUACAGUAAGGCCUCGGUUCUCGAACUUCCCGUUUUCAAACAAAUCGGAAUUUUUUUUUUUUUGCUUCUGUUUUCGAACGAAAAUUGGUACUCGAACGCCCCCAGGAAAACCCGAAAAUAACAUAUUGCGCACGGCCAGACCAGCUGACCCACGACGUGCUUUUGUUGUGAAUACCCACACCCCCAAAAAAUCGCGGAAAUAACAUAAUGCAGCCAGUGCAAGCAGAUGGCCCGCCCACAACGCGUUGUGACACUGUCAAUUCGAACGCCCCGAAAAAGGAAAAGAAAAACGGCAAUGACAUAACGCGCGUAGCGCAACCAGCGCACUUUUGUUAUUCUGUAUAACGCAGCCUCAGACGUGUCCAGGUAGUGACUGUUGUUUUUCUUCUUUUUUUCUUCUGACCGAGGACCGUAUUAACCCCCAAUCAUGGCUCCAAAGAAAUCAAAUUGCUCGUGUAAAGUUAUUCUGCACUUUUGUUCAUAAAAAGAGUUUACAAGGCUGGGGGCCGAGUCGCAACAGAUACGGCAAUGCACUCCCAGCCGAGCGUACUCUACUAUUAAAGCAUAC